ACCGUUAUUUUGUAUCCUUAAAUCUAUAUUCAUUCUUCAUAAGUUUAAAUAUUUAAUUCAUUAUUCAUACAUUAAAUUUAAUUUUUCGUGCUGAUUUUGACAUUUCUUUCAUCACUUCCUCUACAAUAACUGGUUCUUCUCUAUAAAUACUUAAUAAAACAAUUAUCAGAUUUUCCCCCUGGCUACGCCCCUGGACACGAAUCUUUCAAUUGUCUGAUUUCAAUAACUUAUUCAUUUACAGUAAGACUGACAUUGCGACACAACAUUGAUCAAAUUUAAUUGGCUGACAGUAGCAAAUCAAUAAUAUUUUUAAAUUAUAAAAAUGGAAUCGCUUACAAAAAAAGAAUUACUGGCUGUACAUCCGAGAGAAAAAGGAGGAGUAUUUUCUUAUCUGACAUUCAGCUGGGUGCUGCCGCUUUUGGUGAAAGGAAAGAAGAAGGUGCUUGGAUUAGAGGAUUUAUAUCAGCCAUUGGAGCAGCAUAAAGCUAUAAAUUUAGGAACAAAAAUAGAAAAGGCAUGGGAGUCGGAAUUGGGAAAGAAAAGAGCACAGAACAAAAGUCCUAGCUUAAUGAAGGCUGGAUUAAAGGUUUUUGGUGGAGAAUUGACAGUGUAUGGAAUAUUUCUGUUGCUGAUUGAGAUGUGCCUUAAAGUUACAAGUCCAUUUCUAUUGGGUGGAAUCAUUAGAUAUUACGCCAAUCCAGCAGAAAGCAGUUCCAAUGAACCCUAUUUAUAUGCUGGCGGUUUAAUUCUUUGCAGUUUCCUCAAUGUGAUAUCUGCACACAGCUUAAUGCUAAGUCAACUGAAUCUUGGACUGAAAAUAAGAAUAGCUGCAUGCUCAUUAAUUUACAGAAAAUCACUUCGACUGAGCAAAUCGGCAUUAAUAAAUACAACUUCAGGACAAGUUGUGAAUCUAUUAUCCAAUGAUGUUGGACGUUUUGAGUUGAUCACAAUGUUCUGUCAUUAUUUAUGGGUUGGGCCUGUCGAGACUUUAGUAAUUGGCAUACUUAUGUACAACGAGAUUGGCAUAUCUGCAAUAGCUGGUAUUUUAUUCUUGCUGAUGUUCAUUCCAUUCCAAUUUUAUCUUGGAAAGAAGACAUCACAAUUGAGACUGAGAAUUGCUUUGCGAACUGACGAGAGAGUUCGAUUGAUGAAUGAAAUAAUACAAGGCAUUCAAGUCAUUAAGAUGUACGCUUGGGAAAUGCCAUUUGCCAAAAUCAUUUCGUUUGCACGUAAGAAGGAAAUUCGUUCAAUUCGCUAUGCAUCAUACAUAAGAGGCAUCCUAUUAUCGUUCAUUAUGUUCAGCUCUCGUGUUUCAAUUUUUACAAGCUUAGUCAUGUAUGCUUUACUCGGGAAUGUUUUGACGGCACAACAAGCUUUUGUUGUUACAGCUUAUUAUAAUGUAUUAAGGCAGACAAUGACUGUAUUCUUUCCGCAAGCAAUUGGAUUUCUGGCUGAGACAAUUGUUAGUGUAAAGAGAUUACAGAAGUUUAUGAUGUAUGAGGAACUUGAUCGUGACUUUCAAAGUGCACCGAAGAAAAAUGAAAAUAAGUCUGAAUGUAAUGGAAAUGGAACUUCCAAUAUUCUACAUAAGCCUGGAGUUUCUUUAGAAAAAGUUUGUGCUAAAUGGAAAGGAGAGUCAUCUGACUUGACAUUAAGUAACCUUGACCUUCGUGUUCAGCCUACAACUGUUGUAGCUGUAAUUGGAAAGGUUGGAGCUGGAAAGUCAAGCUUAAUUCAAGCUAUUUUGGGUGAAUUGCCAACUGAGAGUGGAAAAAUUGAAGUCAAUGGGAAGAUUUCUUAUGCAUCUCAAGAACCUUGGUUAUUUUCUAGUUCUGUAAGACAAAACAUUCUUUUUGGACUUCCAAUGGACAAGAUUAGGUACCGAGAAAUUGUUAAAGUCUGUUCAUUGACACGAGAUUUUGAAAUUUGGCCUGAAGGUGAUAAAACAAUUGUCGGUGAACGAGGCAUGAGCUUAUCAGGCGGACAAAAAGCACGAAUUAAUUUAGCACGUGCCAUUUAUCGACAAGCUGAUAUUUAUCUGCUCGAUGAUCCACUUAGUGCUGUUGAUUCGCAUGUUGGUCGACAUUUAUUCGAUAACUGUAUCAAGAAUUUCCUAAAUGAUAAGAUUGUCAUUCUCGUUACACAUCAAUUACAAUACCUUCCAACAGCUGAUCAGAUUGUGCUGCUUGAUAAUGGACAAGUACAAGCUGUUGGUACGUUUGAGAGUUUAAGAGAUUCAGGCUUUGAUUUUGCUAAAUUAUUACCGGAAAUAGAAGAAAAGCCAGAUGAAGAUGUAGAAAAAAUUGAAAAGUUUCAAAGAUCAAUGAGUAAAUCAAGCAAUGAUAGUCGAGUAUCUUAUAAGAGACAUGACAGCAUAUCAAGCACAAUAUCCUUAGAAUCUAGAGAGGCAGAAGUGGAAGCGACAAAAGUUAAUCGUGAAGAGAAAAGUUCCGAAGGUUCAAUAUCAUGGAAAUAUUACAUUGCGUAUAUUAAAGGAACUGGUGGAUAUACUGUUGGAAUUAUCAUCCUUAUUAUGUUUGUAUUGACGCAACUAUUAGCAUCAGCUGGUGACUACUUCUUGACAUAUUGGGUAUCUAAAGAAGAAGAACGAAAUUCAUUAAAACAAAGUGAAAGGACUUUAGAAUUAGUCAGUAACAACAGCACGAGUGACUCAAUACUAUCCAAAAUCAUCCCAUACUUCUUUGAAGGAGUCGUUUAUGAUCGUAGCAUUGACAUUUACAUUUUUAGCGCCUUAGUUGUGUCCACAGUCAUCAUAACAUUAAGCAGAAGCUUCUUUUUCUUCUCAGUUGCCAUGCGAGCAUCUCGAAAACUUCAUGAUGCUAUGUAUUUAGGCAUAACUAACGCUACAAUGCUGUUUUUUAAUUUAAAUCCCUCUGGACGUAUACUUAAUAGAUUUAGUAAAGAUAUGGGACAAAUUGAUGAAAUAUUACCAAUGACUGUUGUGGAUGUGCUGCAAAUAUUUCUGUCAUUGGCCGGUAUCAUUGUGGUCGUUGCAGUCGUGAAUGUUUAUACCUUAAUUCCAACGGUUGUUAUUGCUAUUUUGUUCUAUUUCAUGAGGGAUUUCUAUCUAAAGUCAAGCAGGAAUUUGAAGCGUAUGGAUGCGACAACACGUUCACCGAUUUUCUCACAUCUUGCUGCCACACUUAAUGGUCUCUCGACAAUUCGAGCUUUUGAUGCUGAAACAAUUCUUUCGGAUGAAUUUGAUAAUCAUCAAGACUUGAACAGCACAGCAUUUUAUCUGUUUCUUGCUGCCAGUCGAGCUUUUGGAUUCUGGCUGGAUUUUGUUUUGUGCAUUUACAUUGCCUUAGUCAUUGUAAGUUUCUUUUUCAUGGGAAAUUCAGGCGGUAAUGUAGGAUUGGCUAUAACGCAAGUGAUGGGAUUGACAGGCAUGCUGCAAUGGGGCAUGCGACAGUCAGCCGAACUUGAAAACAACAUGACAGCUGUCGAGCGUGUUGUCGAGUAUCAAAGUGUAGAUCCAGAACCACCACAUGAAUCUCCAGAAAAUAAGAAGCCACCAAAAGAUUGGCCAAAAAGUGGAGUAAUAAAGUUUGAUAAGCUGUCAUUAAGCUAUUAUCCAUCAAUGGAAGAUAAGGUGCUUAAAGAUCUAGAAUUUGAAAUUCGUGCAAAUGAGAAAAUUGGAAUUGUUGGAAGAACUGGUGCUGGAAAGAGUUCAAUAAUUAAUGCCUUAUUCCGUCUUUCAUAUUUAGACGGUUCAAUUUACAUUGAUUUAAAAGAAACACAAGAAAUGGGCUUGCAUGACUUGAGAUCAAAAAUAUCGAUAAUUCCGCAAGAACCAGUACUGUUUUCAGGCACAAUGAGAUACAAUUUAGAUCCAUUUGAUGAAUAUAAUGAUGAUAAAUUGUGGAUGGCACUUGAAGAAGUGAAAUUGAAGGAAUUAAUUAAGGAGAUGCCAUCAGGAUUAAAUACAAAAAUUACUGAAGGUGGAACCAACUUUUCAGUCGGUCAACGUCAACUUGUGUGCCUUGCACGAGCCAUUCUACGUGAAAAUAAAAUUCUUGUUAUGGACGAAGCAACUGCAAAUGUCGAUCCACAAACUGAUGGCUUAAUUCAAAAGACAAUUCGUCUGAAAUUUGCAGAAUGCACGGUACUUACAAUUGCUCAUCGACUUAAUACAGUCAUUGACUCUGAUAGGAUAUUAGUGAUGGAUGCAGGAAGAUGUGUUGAGUUUGGUACGCCACAUGAGCUUUUAUCAAAAAUAAAUGAACCAAGAAUAUUUUAUAAUAUGUUGAAAGAAUCAGGGAAGGAGACAUUCGAAAGUCUAAAGAAAUCUGCAGAACAGAACGAUCUUGCCCUAAAGAAGGAGUUGUAA